UUGUUUGGUAAACAAUAUUGUCAGUGUUCUGAUUCAAAUUGAGAUUGAAAGCACUAAAAUUUAGAAAUGUUUUCACAUUUAUGCCGUAUGUGUCUCGAACAAUUCAACGAUCCGUCGGAUGUUGUUCCACUUUUCGAACCACACGAGAAUAUUUACUACUAUCGCAUUUGUCAUGAGCUACAAUUGAUGGUGUAUGAGGACGAUCAGUUGGGCAGCAACGUGUGUCGAAGUUGUUCAGAGAACAUUAUGAAAUUUUAUAAGUUUGUUUUAACGUAUAAGGAAUCAGACCAAAAACUAAGAGAGAUGUUAAUGAAUGCAACCGUGACUCUGGACGAUUUAAUUGAAGUCAAGCCUAAUAUAGCUGAUUCUGAAUGUGAUGUUAAAGACACUACUGACUUGAUCAAUGUAGAUGCUGAUACAAAAGAAUAUUUUCCAAAAUUAACGAUUUCACCGGUUCCCGAUCCAGCUGUUUCUGAGGAAUCUCGAAUAAAAACCGUGAGCAAAAAAGUCCAAAUGCAAUGUCGAUUAUGUCCACAAAGAUUUACUUUGAGGAAAUAUCUUGAAAAACACAUGCGACAACAGCAUUUUCAUACACAGAAAAGGCCUAAUGCGACCGAAGAAUACGAAUGCGACAUUUGUUCGAAAAGGUUCAUUUCAAAGACCAAAAUUAGACAACACUUGAUCACCCACAUAAAUGAAGGCAGAAGAAAAUUUCUGUGCGUUGCUUGUGGCAAUCAAUUUUGUUCAAAAUUUGGCUUGGCUCAGCACAUCAGUGCCAUUCAUGACAAAGAACAGAAGUUUCAGUGCACAAAGUGUAACCGACGAUUUGCUCAUAAGCACAAUUUAAAAACUCACAUGAAUCGGCACAACGGUAUUCGACCCUAUGCGUGCAGCGUAUGUAGCAAAUCAUUCUACGAUUCGUCCACUCUGAACGUGCAUACGAAAUCCGUUCAUUCAGGCACAAAUGCGUACGUUUGCAGUAUUUGCUCCAAGGGAUUUAAUAGAAAUGGUAAUUUGAAAAUACACAUGGUCAAGACACAUCACAUACAACGACCAAAACUGCAGACCGCUAACAGUAUUCAACGUGUGACAAUGAAAGUUGAAUAAAUUUAAAGGAAAACUGUUAAAGGAUAUUUCUUGGCAAAAAGUUGAUUAAAGUACAGAGAUUUGCCGGUCAUGUUGUUGGUUUGACGCAAUGGCCUUGAUGUUGAAUUAGUGUUUCUAUUCGACAGUGGUUUUUCACAUAAUUUGAAUUCUUUGCACUUGUGCUAAGUGGGUUUCAUUAAAAGAAUGAUUAUGACAAACCUCACACGAUCACAUAUAGCCGUUCAAGUCUCAGGUCAGCAAAUCACAAAAAUAUCGAAUUUGCAUUUGUGGGAUCGAUUGAAAUAGCAUUAUUCCAACGAUAAAAGUUAUAAUUCCACAACUGUACCAAAAAUAAUAAUUCCACAUCUUUGUAAUUAGCUCACAGAAAAUAAAGUCUGGCAUUUGUUGACAAAAUGAUAAUUUGAAAUUAAUUUAAAUGUUAAAAAUUGCAUUAAACUUGUCAAUUAUUUCGCUAUAAGAGGACGAACAAUUGUCGAAUAAAUUUAUUAAUUCGUUGGCAACUGUUCGCUACACCGAGUAUGAAGCUAUUUUGGAAUAUUUUUAAUUUAUUAUUGUUCGUUUUGGUGGCAUUCACUCUGGCUGUAAUGGCUCAGAGAAAAGUUGCUGAUAAUCUUCGGGUUGUAAAACAUCUACCAGCACAUAUUGACCCAAGCAAAUAUGUUUUUCAUAAAGGGAAAUAAACGUAAAAAUAA